AUGGAUUAUCAAAAACUCUACUUAAUACUCUCUCUACUGCAAUUUUUAACUAAUGCAAAUGAACUAACUUUCCAUUUGGAGGAGGAGGUUUCCAGCGGGAAAGUUGUUGCAACUAACUCAGAGUUGACUCCGCUCCUAGUCAACCCCAAUUCCGUUCCACUAAUCAUCAAUCGAAAAUCACCCGGAGCUUCUAGUUUCACUUUUGUAAAACGGCCCCAAUCAGGACUUGAAUUAAUUGUCUCUGACCGCGUGGACAGAGAAGUUAUUUGCCCAUCUAGAAGUGCAGCUUCAGGUGGUCUUCAAAUCGACCCCUCUCCACGUUCCACUUUCCAUAUAGAGGACUCAAGUCGUAUGCUUCCUUUCCGUUCAUCAUUCCAUGACUAUGGGGGAAUUUCCUCCAAUCCCACAACUUCUGACUGCAUUGUUUCCCUCCGUGUAGCAAGUAGUGAUAAGAUUUUUAAUAUCAAAAUUGAAAUUUUGGAUAUAAAUGAUAAUGCUCCCACUUGGAAUACGUCAAGUGUUCAGCUUUCGCUGAGAGACGGAGAUCCUGCAGGUACUGUAAUCUACCUACCACUGGCUGAGGAUGAGGAUAUCGGCUUAAAUGGAGAGAUUACCUACAGUCUGCAAGCACUUGACGAUGAAAUUGUGAGUACUUAUAACAAUGAUCGGCGACAAUCUGCAUCACAACUGGGCUUAUUUGAGUUAAUUAAGCAUUCGGAUCCCCCAUUUUCCCAGAGGAUUCUAUCUCAAAAGACUCCAGAACCAAAACUUGCACUGAGAACAAAGACAUCAAUUGAUAGAGAACAGUUGCCCGAAACCAUUCGUCUGCUGCUCGUGGCGAGAGAUUCCGGCAGUCCGAAUCCACAACAAAGUUCUCUAAAAUUAAUCAUCAAUGUCACGGAUGUGAAUGAUAAUGCACCAAUGUUCGAAAAGUCCAUUUACAAGGUGGAUAUUCUUUCUGAAGACACUCCAGUCGGGAAAACACUGCUCCAACUUGAUGCAAAAGAUAUGGAUAGCGGUCCUAACGCAGAAUUAACCUAUAGAUUUGAGGAUAACGGCCAGUCUAUGCUCGAUGUAAUUAAGCAUUUCUUUGAAAUCACACCUCGUGGACAGCUUAAGAUCCUGCGAAAAUUGAAUGUGGACAAAAUAGAUGGAGAAAUGAAUCUACCUUCGUCUUCUCCCAUAACCUUCGGUGUUGAAGCUACUGAUGGAGCCAGUCCUGCAUAUGCUCUAACUGGCAGAACAACUGUUCAAAUCCAAGUUAGUGACACUAAUGAUGAGGCUCCAAGAAUCCAGGUUUAUCCAGUACGACCGCCUAAAGAUCAACCCACCGGAAGUGGAGCUGUCGUAGAAACAACAGCUCAAGAAUACGGCAACACUGAACAACUUCUAGCACUGGUUGAGGUUAUUGAUCCAGAUAUGGAUGGACUAGACACAGUGGAGUGUCAUUUGAAAGGAAGUGCUGCUGAGUAUUUUCAGCUAACAUCCACACCAUCCAGUUCAGGAAAAGGUGAAUAUUCCUUAAUGACGAAUGCGCGCCUUGAUCGUGAAACCACUCCAAGGUUGGAAGUCUCCAUUGUAUGUCGCGACUCAGCGGGUCAUGCAAGCAGACAUGAUGUAGGGGUAAACCUUCUGGACGUCAAUGACAAUGCCCCGACUUUUGAUAAACCUUUCUAUGAGUUUUACAUUGAAGAAAAUGAUGGCGAAGCGGAAGUGGAUGAAGGUCCUUCCCCACUGAAUGACAAACGUCCCGUUCGUGGACAAGAUGGAGAAAACGGAGUCCAUGCAAGGGAUGCGGAUGCUGGUGAGAAUUCCAGAAUUUCCUACCAUCUUGAACCAGACCCGCGGGAUCAGUCUUCAGUAUCUUACUUCUCUAUUGAUCAGAAUACAGGUGCUCUAUUUGCUGUUGUGCCAUUAGAUAGAGAGGCUAAAGGUUGGCAUAAAUUCAUGGUGGUAGCCACUGACCAUGGAGAACCGCCAUUAUCAGCCAGUGUAGGAGUUUUAGUCCAUGUUGAGAAUCUGAAUGACAACGUGCCCCAAUUUAUCAAUCAAUUGGCUCCUGAAGCUGGUUACUCUUUCUCAGUCGAUGAAAAUGAACCAUCUGGACGCUUCGUUGGGCAAAUCACUGCAGUGGAUGCUGAUGACGGUGAACUUAAGGAUGGCUAUGAGGGGUUGGCAUGGACGCAUUCUGGUAACUAUAGGGUUUCAGGAAGUCGAACCAAUCAACCCUUGUCAAUCAAUCGUCUAAUUUAUACUCUUGGAAGUGAACCUGACGCGGCUCUAUUUCGAAUCGACAAGUACUCCGGAAAUAUAACCACAAGUUCGUUGGUGGAUGGGGUGGGGUUGGCAAAAAAUGAACAAGAUGUUUGGUAUGGUGCUAAACGCGCCCCACUUGUGGUCAAAAUCUUACUGCGCGGCUUUUGUCAUUUCGGGUCUUCCAAUAGCGUUUCCAAGCACUCAUCUUUGGAAGAGGGCAAGCGUCAUGGAGUCUCACAUUAUUGCACUCAAAUUCGAGAACGCCUAGACCGAGAAAAGCAAAGCACCUAUUCGUUCCAAGUAUUUGUCAGUGAUGGCUUUUUGCCGGAUUCGUCAGUGGAGGCGUCCGUGAACCAACCGUGGAAAAAGUCCUCUAAAAGUCGAAUUCAUACAAUGGUGACUUCUGUGGUGGUUAAUGUGUUAGAUCAGAACGAUAAUCGGCCAACUUUCAUUCAACCAAAUGCCACUAACCAUCUUAUCCUGCUUGAUCCUACCACCACGCCUGGAAAAUCAAUAAUGCAGAUAAUUGCCACGGAUGCAGAUGAGGGAGAAAAUGCCAGGGUGACCUAUAAAAUUGAUGAUGGAAAUGCUGGAAGUAACUUCUUUCUCGCACCAGUUGAAGGUCUGCUCUAUUUGAAUGGGUUAAUUCCACGGAGAACGAUUGAAAAGGCCAUAUACGCAUCUGAAACCGCUGCAUCGAAUUCAGCAUCAAUUUCUUCUAGUUUAUUGAAAAAGUCAGCCAUAGAUAGUGCUGAAGGAGUCAAAGAUGAUUCCCCGGAAGUUCCAGCUUAUCCUACUUUCGUUCUUAAAAUAGAGGCCUGUGAUGCCGGCACUCCAAAACAAUGCUCAUACUUCCCAAACCUUCAAAUUCAGCUUCGAGUUCCAUCUGAUCAUAACGGAGGAGCAAAUGGAGGAAAUAUUGGAGGACUUCGGGGCCAAGGUUACGGUGAUCACCUUGAAGGUUCUUCAAGUGGUGAUAAAGACGGACGCUCCAGUUGGGUCCGAAUUUCCUUAGUUGAACAAGUCAUCAUCGGCCUUACCAUCUUCUUUGCGGUGGUCAUUCUCAUCGCCUUACUUAUCGUCCUUCUCAUGCGCGGCGGUCUAAGAUCGUCUUGUACUGGAAGUCUGAAUUCCUGUUACUAUUGCUUCUGCCCAUUUAGAAAAAACUACAAGAAGCUAAACAUCUGCUCCAUCUCUCUCACUCUAUCUGAAUUUCAACUUCGUUGGAGUGGUGGUGGUGGUGGUGAUGAUAAAACCGUGGAAAAAAUGAAGCAGACACCAAUUGUUGGACCCAUUGGUGAGCCACAGUUGCAUCGAACUGCGCACUGCCGGUCAGAAGAAUAUCUUGGUGGAGGAAAUACGAAUGGGCAUUUUAUCGAUUCACAACAAGGAACUCGAGUCCUGCCGGCUGUGCCUUUCUCACCAGUGUCCCAAACCAUGAUUGAGUGCUCUCCUUAUCGAGAUUGCUAUCAACUGGGCAAUCAAAUCGUCUAUCCACAUUCCCAAUCUACUGGGUAUGGACUGCUUGGUCCAACGACUCUCGUCACUUCUAGACACGCUCUUGGUACUAUGCAGCAGCCGACUCCUCGCAGACAAGGCGAAGCGUCUUUAGACGACUAUCAAUGCUUGGAUACCACGGUGAGUCGAGGUCAAAAUGUGCCAACAAGUUGUGAAGCUUAUUAUCAAACCCACCAGACCAAUGUAGGCAUCUGGGAUCCUCGUUACCAGGCGACAACCACCACAUCUUGGCCCAGAAAUGAAUUGAAUCUCCCCGGAGCGUCUCGCUAUGUCGCAACAACUGCUAACAAUUUGAAUAUUAAAGAUGGCGACGACGAGGGUGACUGUGGAAGUGAAAGUUUAGAGCUCAUGAAAAACUCCUUCCCUGACAAUUAUGUUGACAACCGAACCGAUGAAACUUUGCCAACACCUCCCCAGGGUCUUUUAAAGCAUUCGAACUCCUCAGCUGUCACGAUUUCUAGAAAUCUUAAUUUUCCCAAGGCCACGUUUGUCUGA